CAUCAGGUUGUCAUCGAUGGUGUACACUACCGAUUACCGAGUAAAAGAGAUUUUCCUUGUUAUAUUUUUAAAGUGUGUAUCCUCAUAAGUUUCUAGUGAAUACAAUUGUCUUGUGUCUAAAUUAAUAGUUCCAUAAGAUUAUACAUGUGGUUCAUGGUAUGGACAAGUGGAGCAAGUCUUCAAAAAGUAGCCAAUACGAUUGUGUAGCAAACGUGUCAUCACUUUUAAAGUUAAUACAACCGAUGUUUUAUAUAAAAAGGAAAACGAUUUGGUUGGCGUUUCGAUAGCAAAAGUACAGGUUCUCAUGGGUGAUGGCUUGGCAGUCGGACAAUCGUACCGAAGAGAAUAGCUUCCUGCUUCGGUUGAAGAUAAUAGGAGCAUAUUCAUUGGCUAAGAAAGAUAUUUUUGGUGCUAGUGACCCGUAUGUUCGUGUGGAGUUGCAAAAGGUUGACUGUGAUGUCACACUUGAGACUUUCCUGACCAAAACAAAGAAAAGGACCCUCAAUCCAAUAUGGAAUCAGGAGUUUGUAUUUCGGGUAAAGCCACAAGAGCAGAAACUACUAAUUCAAGUGUUUGAUGAAAAUCGUCUUACUCGGGAUGAUUUCUUGGGUAUGGCUGAAGUUCCACUCGCGAACACGCCCUUCGAAUCUGCGGCCAACGCCCGUCCGGCCAUCACUAAGUACCCCCUGCGCCCGCGCAGGUCCGUUGCCAGAUCUCGCGUCCGCGGUUACAUCGAAAUAUACCACGCUCUGGUGGGCCGAGUGGGUCAGGAAGAAGGUGAAUCCACGAGUCCACCGGAUGAUUGGGAGAUGGUGGAACCAGCACCGCAAGUGGGGAACGUUCAGCCGGUGUUCGCGGGUUCAGUGCCGACGAUGAUCGGGGAAGAUGACUGGGAACUGAUCGACACGGCACCCUUGCCCCUUGCAAUAGGAGGAGAUCCACUCCCCGCCGGGUGGGAGGAAAGGCAAGACGCGAAUGGGAGGACAUACUACGUGAACCAUGCGGCUCGGUCCACACAAUGGGAGCGGCCUACUUUCACCCGUAAUAUGAGUACGGAGUCUCAAGCGGAGCGUAUGGAGACGGCGGCGACGGAGUUCCAACGCAGAUUCCACAUUUCGGCGGACGAUGAACAAAAUCAGGCUCACGCUCAGCCGCAUGAGGAACCAAAUAGGCCAGCCGAAAGCACUGCUGACUCGACCGAAUCAAGAACUGAAAAUGAAGUUGAAUCUAAUGAAUUAUCUGAAAACCCAAACGAGCCUACACCGUUCUCUACGCCUGCCCUUUCGCCUGUAAUCGAACACACUACCGAAACAGUGCCUAACUCUAACGACUGUGAUACUAAUGUAAGCGAACGAAACGAAGAAAAUGACGUAGUAUGUGCUAAUGAAACGACUGAAAAUACAACAGAACAUACUGAACGUGUAAACAACGAAAUCGUUGAACCCGUUAAUGCUGAAGCAUCUAGUACUAAUGACAUUGCUAUUGACAACGAAAAUGACGAUGAAUCUGUAACGCCGACAAAUAAAUUAUCUCCAACAAGUAGUCAAGAUACAUCCGAAACGGAUACUAUAGAGAUUGAAUUGAGGCCGACGAUUGAAGAAAUAAUAAUAACUAGUCCUGAUGAAACUCAAGUGGAGAUAGACAGAAUUAACGGUGUUCAAAACGAAGAGGCGGAAAGAAGGGAAGGCGAACGUAAUGAAGAAACCGGUGACGAGUCAGCGGAGUCUUUGACGUUUGACGAGAACCACUUCAGUACGCCGACUGGAGGCGUUAGUCCAGAACGACGCUCCUCAUCGGGAAGGCGUUCGUCAACUGACAGACGUAGACGACGUACGACGGCCAGUUCAAUGAGUUCAGAGGACGAGUCAGACGGUUCCUCAGAGAGUACACGAAGCAGCAGUGCUAGCAGCACCCAGAGUCAGAACUUACCUAACAGCGAUGGUCUACCUCCAGGCUGGAGUAUGCAGCGUGCUCCAAAUGGUAGAGUGUUCUUCAUCGACCACAAUAAUAAGACGACUACUUGGGUCGACCCAAGGACAGGUUGUGCAUCGAAUUUGCCAAGCGCAACGCUAGCGAGCGCGGGAGCGGAAGCGGAUGAGUUGGGUCCGCUUCCUGAGGGAUGGGAGGAACGCGUACAUACAGAUGGAAGGAUCUUCUUUAUUGAUCACAACACUCGCAUCACGCAAUGGGAGGACCCCCGCCUCUCCAAUCCCCACAUCGCUGGUCCAGCUGUGCCUUACUCUCGCGAUUAUAAACGCAAGUACGAAUAUCUCAAGAGUCAGUUGCGUAAGCCGAGCAACGUACCGAACAAGUUUGAAAUAAAAGUCCGUCGAAACUCGAUUCUGGAGGAUUCUUAUCGCAUCAUUAGUUCCGUCAGUCGAGUCGAUCUUUUGAAGACAAAGCUGUGGGUCGAGUUCGAGUCUGAAGUCGGCUUGGAUUAUGGCGGUCUGGCUCGUGAAUGGUUCUUCCUGCUGUCGAAGGAAAUGUUCAACCCGUAUUAUGGGCUAUUCGAGUACUCUGCUAUGGAUAACUAUACACUUCAAAUAAACCCCAACAGUGGGGUUUGCAACGAGGAGCAUCUCAAUUAUUUUAAAUUUAUCGGUCGUGUCGCUGGUAUGGCUGUGUACCAUGGGAAACUGCUUGACGCAUUCUUUAUCCGUCCAUUCUACAAGAUGAUGCUGGGCAAACCCAUUGAUCUUCAAGACAUGGAGUCUGUUGACUUAGAGUACUAUAACUCGCUUAUGUGGAUACGGGAUAACGAUCCCUCUGAAUUAUAUUUAACGUUUGCGGUGGAUGAAGAGCAAUUUGGAAAGACGUACCAGAGGGAGCUGAAGACAAAUGGUGCCAAUAUUUCAGUUGACAACGAGAAUAAAGAUGAAUAUAUCAAAUCUGUGAUCGAAUGGCGUUUUGUGCGUCGCGUUCAGGAGCAAAUGAACGCGUUCCUUGAAGGCUUUGGCGCUCUGGUGCCACCAGCUUUACUCAAAAUCUUCGAUGAACACGAGCUUGAGUUGUUACUCUGUGGUAUACAGCGCAUAGAUGUGAGGGAUUGGCGUGCUAACACCCUGUAUAAGGGAGAUUAUCAUGCGAACCAUCUGGUCGUCCAGUGGUUUUGGAGGGUGGUUCUAUCAUUCUCCAAUGAGAUGCGCUCGCGUCUUCUCCAAUUCGUUACGGGCACGUCUCGUGUGCCGAUGAACGGGUUCAAAGAGCUGUAUGGCUCCAAUGGCCCGCAGUUAUUUACUAUUGAGAAAUGGGGCUCGCCCGAGAAUUAUCCCCGAGCACAUACCUGUUUUAACAGAAUCGAUCUGCCGCCAUACGAGACCUACCAGCAGUUACGGGAGAAGCUGAUCAAGGCAAUUGAAGGCUCGCAAGGCUUUGCGGGAGUCGACUGAUCCCUCUUUUAAAUUUCGUUUAUUCGGUGAUAAUACAUUAUACGCCUUAUGUAGAUAGGAAUACGAUAAAUAUUGCACAUUGGUCUUUCAAAGUAUGACAGAAUGUUUGAAGAAGAUAGUAUUCAAACUCUUUUUAAAUAAUAAUAUACGCUUUUAAAUGAUUUACUGCAAAAUUUUGUGCGUGACAGAGAUAGCGCUAGUCUCUUUCUAUAAGUCGAUUUGCAAUAUUUAUAAGCUCGUGAGCGGAGGUCUGAUGCUUUUGAAGAUAUUAGUUUUUCGUAACUUUGGAUACAAGCCAAAAAAUAAUCGCGUUACUAGUCUUUUGUUAUACAUUCAUUAAAAACAUUAUUUAGUAAAUUAUUUAAGACCGAUAAACUUAUUAUAAAUUAUCCUAAUUCUUGGUGCAACCAAUUAAUAGUAGUGUCAGGAACUCGCUCGCGACGCAAUUUGUUUGCAAACUUUGUCUAUGCCAAAAAUGUCUCCAUCCCUCUCUUAAGGUUCUAUUGUAAAAAGGACCGCAGUAUGUUCUCGUGCAUAAGUUCUAAAUAUAUGCAAAUUAUUAAGUUCUAAUUAU